AGCGGCAGCAGCGGCAAAAGCGGCAGCAGCAGCAGCGACAGGGGCUUAAAGAAACCACAGGUUGGGUAGGGCCGAGCAGGCAGACUCUGAGGAAGAGGAGGAGCGUCGGUAACGGCGGCGGCGGAGGCGGCGGCCCCCCACCCCAGCUAUGAGGAGCAGGGCGGCGGCGGCGGCGGCGGGGGUGGGGGCUGCGGGGCCCUGUUGGUGAUCGCCCGGACCCUGAGCUGGGAGCCAAAGGAUCUAAGCUGGAAGGAACCUUCCCACAGAAUGCCUUCUCCACCAAAGAGCGACCUACAGGCAACAAAGAUGAGAGCCACACUAGGACUUUGGAAACCACUAACAUUUCAGUAGCUGGGAGCUUGUGGGUGACGUUUUCCCCUUCACCCCACCCACCGCCUCUGCCUUGGGCCGCAAUGGUGUAUUGAUCACAAGAAGAACCACGCUUUGUCCUUGAGUUUCGGCGGAUUGGGGUUUUGUAUGGCAGCAGCGUAACCGUGGAGAGGCCAGGGUAUCACAAACUUAUGGAUUUUGACAAGAGAGGAGGGAAAGGGGAGACAGAGGAAGGCAAAAGAAUGGCCAAGACAGGGGGGGGAAGGAACACCCAUGGCUGUCGGAAUUCGGGGACCAACUCGGGAGUCUUAAUGGUGGGCCCAAAUUUCCGGGUUGGAAAGAAGAUCGGAUGUGGCAAUUUCGGGGAGCUCCGACUAGGAAAGAAUCUCUAUACAAAUGAAUACGUAGCUAUCAAAUUGGAACCUAUAAAGUCCCGAGCCCCGCAGCUGCAUCUGGAGUACCGGUUUUACAAACAGCUUGGCAGUUCAGAAGGGAUUCCUCAGGUUUACUACUUUGGCCCGUGUGGGAAAUACAACGCCAUGGUGCUGGAGUUGCUGGGACCCAGCCUGGAAGAUCUGUUUGACUUGUGCGAUCGGACAUUCACUCUGAAAACUGUGCUGAUGAUUGCCAUCCAGCUGAUCACGCGGAUGGAAUAUGUCCACACCAAGAGCCUGAUAUACCGUGACGUGAAGCCGGAGAACUUCUUGGUGGGUCGGCCGGGGAGCAAGCGCCAACACACCAUCCACAUCAUCGACUUUGGCCUGGCCAAGGAGUACAUCGACCCCGAGACCAAAAAGCACAUCCCCUACCGUGAGCACAAGAGCCUGACGGGCACGGCGCGCUACAUGAGCAUCAACACCCACUUGGGGAAAGAGCAGAGUCGGCGGGAUGACCUGGAAGCACUAGGACACAUGUUCAUGUAUUUUCUCCGUGGAAGCCUUCCUUGGCAAGGUCUUAAGGCAGACACCCUGAAAGAACGUUACCAGAAGAUCGGGGACACCAAGAGAGCAACGCCAGUCGAGGUCCUCUGUGAGAACUUCCCAGAGGAGAUGGCCACAUACCUGCGCUACGUGCGACGGCUGGAUUUUUUUGAGAAGCCCGACUAUGACUAUCUGCGGAAGCUCUUCACGGACCUUUUUGACCGCCAUGGAUUCGUGUUUGAUUAUGAAUACGAUUGGGCUGGAAAACCCCUGCCAACCCCAAUUGGCACCAUCCACAGUGAUGUCCCUGUCCAGCCAGUGAGCCGGGACAAGAAUCAGUCCCACAUCAAACACCAGGUGAUGAGCUCCACCAACGGUGAACUAAACACUGAUGAUCCCACAGCCGGCCACUCCAACGCCCCCAUCACGGCCCCUGCAGAAGUGGAGGUGGCCGACGAAACAAAGUGCUGCUGUUUCUUCAAGAGGAGGAAGAGGAAAUCCACCCAGCGGCACAAGUGAGCCUUUGGGGCCCAGGCGGACCGACCGGAGCUCUGUCGUCUCCACCCUUUCUGGCCCCAGAGAUGGCGGGUGGCCCCUGCCUGUUGGCCCUGCCUCCUGCAGCCGGGGCAGGGGGUGGCCAGGAGAGAGGCCAGGAACAGAGAAGCCCGGGGAGUUAGGGGGACCGCUAGCCCCAGCCCCCGCCCCCCCCUGGGCCCAGGGGUCACCUACUCCAAGCAAGACUUUGGCAGAAAUUCCUACAUCUGUGUCUCGUCCAGUCCACCUUGAGAGCGCUAACUAUUUAGAAACCACACACCGAGGAACGAACCGAAGCCCACAAAGAAAGCACUUCCCCACCCCCACCCCUUCCCUUCACCCUUCAGUUUGAGGUUUGACUUGCGUGCGUCAGGGGUCGCCCCGCAGACUCUGCCUCCACGUGCGCGCUUAGGUCUAAGGUGAAGCCUGGGAGGGCCCGCCUCGGCCCUCCGCAGCGUGACCUUCACCACUUAGUGUUAUAAAACCCAGCCUUUUUUUCCUUCCUCUUUCAGAAAGGCUGUUUUAUCACGGUGGGGGGAGGGAGGGAGGAGGCAGCUUCUCUGUUGUGGAGGCGCCGCCCCCCUCCCCUCGGAUGUCCUGUCACCCGUGCACUUUGAUCAUCCAGUGGUUCUGGGGGCAGAAGCUAGGAGCGAGAUGAGGGAGGGGGGGAGAGAGCCCCCAGCCCCUCUCGGAGGCGGCUGGGGGAGUCUGAAACCAAAGGGAAGGGGGAGCCGGUCCCCGCAGCUGGGAAAGUCGAUGCCACCCCAAGGUCUCACCCCGUGCAGGGUGGCCCGAGCUGCUCUGCACGUUCUCCCCCACCCCCACCCUAAUCGGAGCCAAAAAUGCUGCACCAAAGCCCCGGGGAAUUUGGGUCUCCCCUGGAAGGGCAGGAUGGGGAGCAGCCGAGGCCCCCCUCACACCCCCAUCCACCUCGGGGAAAGGCGAGCUCAGCCGGCUGUACCCCACCAGGGCGGCGCGGCCUGGCGAGCAGCCAGCAGAGGUCUGCAGUGGGUGCUCGGACCCCCUCUGGGGGCCCUGGGAGGAGGCACGGGGCCUGAAGCACCCUUGCCCUCGGCGCUGUCCCAAACCCCGCUCCUCUCUCCCCCAACCCCCCACAUCGGUUCUCCUGCUCAAGGCUGUCCAGGCCAACCUGUGUCCUCCCUCCAUCGCCCUGCCAGUGUCCAGGGGACAGCGGCUCCUGUAUCACCCCUCCCCCAGGUAGCUCUCUAAGAGCUGGUGACGCGCACUGGGCGGCCCCCCCUCCCCAGCCAGCGCCAAGGACGACAAAACGCCUUAAGACCCCGGCCCCUAGAGAGGGUCCGAGGACGAGUAUGUGUGGCCGGGGAAGGAGGAGCGCCAGUCCCUGGUGGCCACAGCAAACAAACCUAAACCCGGGCGCCCUUUCACCUCCUCCUCCCCCAAGGAAACGGUCCAAGGGAGCAUUGGCCCAGUCUGUACAUGAAUCUCUGCCUGUCGAGUCUCACUUCUUUUGGUCCAUGUGUCUGGCUUGGCUGAAGAGCAGCGGCUUGAGGCUAGAAGGCGUCUCCCUGUUCCAGACCCGAGUCCCAGCGUCAAGAUCGUACCUGCGCAGCUCCACAGCAGGCGAGCAAGCGUCCUUGUGAGUUUAGUUACUGCUUUACAAAGUGUACAGAAAUGGCAUUUACAUUUCUCUGAUGCUUCCUGGAAGCCAUAGAAUUUAGGGGCUUUUUUAAAAAAAAUAAACAAAAAUGAAAACGAA